UUCGUCGUUAAAAAAAUGAAUACCACUUUUGUGAUGGACAAAGAACAAAAUGCUUCUUACAUUUUAAUUAACAACGAAGAGAGAUCGUUGUCAACAAUUCUUUUUGCGGCAAAGACAAUGAGAACUGUAUUCAUACCAUUGAUAGUAGCGAUCGGUUUAUGCGGAAACACACUAUCGUUGAUGGUGUUUUCAGCCCGAAGCAUGAGAAGGUCUUCGUGCUCGGUGUUCCUGGCGUCCUUGGCGGCCGUUGACAACACUUUUCUCGUCAAUCUGCUCUUCACCUGGAUCGAUGGCGAGAUGGUCACUAUCAUAUCCACAGAUAUACUCUGUCAAGUCCUCAUUUACUUCACGUACGUGACAAGCUUCUUAAGUGUAUGGUUUGUUGUCGGAUUUACCUGUGAGCGUUAUAUCGCCAUAUGUUUUCCACUAAAACGUACGUUUUUGUGUAGUGUAAAACGGGAAAAGACAGCAGUUAUCGCCUUAAUCUUGGUCGCUUGUGGUUUGUACAACUUUAGUAUAUGGACAUCUGGAAUGCAACAGUUUGGACCAAAAUUGAAAUGUUCUCUUAAAAUGGAAUAUAUUCAAUUUUUGAACAUAGUAACAUGGAUUGAUACACUCCUUACAAUGGUAAUUCCGUUCUUCAUUAUAAUCAUAGUUAACUCGCUUGUUCUUAGAACUAUCAUUCAAGGUUUUUUAAAGUCAAAUGCUGUAGUCAGGGUGUCGUCUUCUACUGUUUCAGUGAAAUAUUAUAAGAAAUCAAAUAAGAAGAAAUCAGGAACUCGGUUUAUUUCUUGUGAUCUAAAUGAAAACUGGGAACUACCCCAAAUUGAAUGCUAUCCGUACUGCAGACAAGGGUCAAUACCUUCUUUACCAAAUGCGGAGCCGAAGCCAGGUGAUUUCUACGACAACACAAUGCAAGCAGAGUACAUGUGUUCAAGUGGCUCCUAUAUGUUUUCAGGAACUCCUUAUAUCUUCUGUGAUCAGAAUGGUAACUGGGGAAAUCCUGAAAUUACCUGUUAUCCAUACUGCACACAGGAGUCAAUACCUUUCGUACCAAAUGCGGAGCCGAAACCAGGUUAUUCCUACGUCAACACUAUACAAGCAGAGUACAUGUGUUCAAGUGGCUCCUAUAUGUUUUCAGUGACCACCUCGCUGUCGAUCCAGGUGAAGAGCAGAUUGAGAAGGAACGUGUUGUCCACGGCCGCCAAGGACGCCAGAAACACUGAGCACGAGGACCUCCUCAUGCUUCGGGCUAAAAACACCAUCAACGAUAAUGUGUUUCCGCAUAAACCAAUCGCUACUAUCAAUGGUAUGAAUACAGUUCGCAUUGUCUUUGCCGCAAACAGUAUUGUCGACAACGAUUUCGCUUCGUUGUUGGCUAAAAUGUAG